GCAGAGCGGCCGCCACAGUAUAUAAGGCGUGAGUGAGAGAGACAAGGCAGACAGUGACCUGCUCCUCCUCUCGUCGCCAACAUGAUGAAGCUGCUGAUUGUGUGCGUGGUGGUGGCGGCGGCGGUGGCGGCGCCCACCUACGACACGCCCAUUCCCAUUCUGAAGGACGACCGCACACAGAACGCCGCCGGCGAGUACUCCUUCAACUUCGAGACUGGCAACGGCAUCGUGCGCAGCGAGUCCGGCUACCAGGCUGACGGCCAGGAGAACUCCGGCACCUUCAGCUACACCAGCCCCGACGGCACGCCCGUGGCCAUCUCCUUCACCUCCGGCGCCGGCGGUUACCAGCCUGAAGGCGCUGUGCUGCCCGUGGCCCCGGCGCUGCCCUACGAGCGCUCCGACACCUUCGUGCACUAGACGUCCACGCCCACCAAGUGUCCUCGACACUCUACCUUCCAUCUUCACACUUUCCCACAGCUUCCCUUCCUCAUCAUUUCUCGAUCUACUCCAAUUCUUUGUCUCCUCAUCACCCCACCUCCUACAUCUCUACUUCCAUCUCCUAAACCACCCAGCUAUCCAUCUCUCCCUCUCCUUCACCUCUCAACAUCUCUACUUAUACCACUGAACACCCACCCUCCCCUUUCUCUCCUUCCUUCCACCUCUCCACCUCGCCCCCACACGCACACCGGCGGAACUGUAUUUAUUGUGGCCCUCGCGGCGGCCUCGCUCUCCUGUUCCUCUGAGUGCAAAUAAACUAUGAGUAACUAAA